AUGCUUGCCUUCACAGAAGAGGAUACCGAACUCCAUGAGCAAACUGUUGCUGCAGAAGAGCAAGAGAUUGAUGUCAUCGACCUCAUUCAGCCAACAGACAAAGAAAUGUCCCUAGAAAAAGACUUUCGAUCCUGGUCUGUGAAAGAAACGGCUAUUUGGCUAAGAACAGUUGGAUGUGAGGAAGUUGUCACAGCUUGUUUUAUUGAUGAAGACAUUGAUGGAGAAGCGCUGCAACUAAUGACAGAAGAGUCCAGACUUGUAGAAAUUGGAGUCAAAAAGAUGGGGGCAAGACUCAGACUUAUAGAGAGAAUUGAAGAACUGAAGACACAAAUAACGGAAGUACAAGAGAAAAGCGAAUCAGCACCAAUGGACUUCGAUUGCAUGUCAAACUUCUAUGGCAAGCUACCAAAGGAACGGCAAGCGUUUCUGAAAGCCCACCGUCCUUGGCUGUACAACCAGUACAUGCACAGCAAACGAUUCAUCAGAAGUGAAGUGCGCAAACACUUCCCCAUCGCCACCACAUUUGCGUCGGCGGGAGAGCAAGAGAAGUUGGAAGGGCUGGUCAAGAACCUUGAAAGCAAGUGCUCUGUGCCAGAAAUCGGGUUUGGGCUAGUUGGAAUCCGCUACCAUGCCAUCCAGACUACUAGAGAAGCUAGGAGACGUCAGGAGAGUCGGAGAGACAGGACUUUGAUUGACAGCGACUGUGUUGAUGUUGAGCAACCUCUAGAAGAUAGAACAAACACCGUCUGUGAAGAUGUUCAAGAAAUGUUAGGAUUCCAGACAGUUGGGUCUGCAUCAUCUCAUAGUCUAGGUGCUGCUUUAUCCCAUUUGAAAACUUGUGCUUCUAAUGCUCACUUGUUAAUUCAUGAUGUGCCUGGAGUUGGUAACUGUAUGUAUCAUGCCAUAUUGUAUCAGCUUGAAAGUAAUGGUGCUUGUAGUGCAAGAGUUACUGAGCUUAAAGAAAUGACUGCAUCCUAUCUUGAGAAACAUAGUGAUUUCUAUAGUCAAUUUGUGAGUGAAUCUAUUCCGUCCAGUAAAUGUGACGAAUGCAGACACUGA